GCUGCCCUUCGUUCCGUCACAAGCAAUGCUCGUCUAGGUACUUGCACUUACAGUGGCUGUCUGCGUGGUGUUGGUGAUCAAAUCACAUCGAUCGCCAUCGCUGAGAGAAUUCAUGCAGUAGGUCGUGGACAUCCUGGGAAACUGACAGAUUUGCCUCACCUGUCGGAGUUCUGAUUGUAAGUAAAUGUACGACGUUGAAUCGUUUGAUGAUUUUUUUUUUUUGUGUUCGACAGCCUUUUUGCAAGGCUAAAUGGUGCUCUGUAAAAAUAUCGAAAAGAAAAAUGUCUUCAAAGUCAACAAGGAACAGGGUAAAUGCUGCCCUGAUCAUCUGCCAGUGCGUUGAAUACUGAUCUUACACUCGUAUUUUUAUCAAAACGAACCACGCUACUGGAAUUCUUUCCGUGGUCUCCUCACCAGUAGCUUAAUGCACCAUGUCGAUCACGUCUUCUAUUUUCGCCCCAACAUCCAUGCUAAGAAAGCAAUUGACCUGACAGGUAGACGUAGACUGACAACAUGAUCACAAUGAUUAAACCAGGACUCUGCAACCCCGUUUACCGAACUUGCAGUGCCGUGGUCGAUGGUGCGUGCUAUGUUUUUUAUACCUGCAUUUACGUAGAGUUCGCGCAGCACUACUACUUGCACUUCCACUUUUACUUCUACUUGCAUCGUCAUGUGCAUGUGGAUAUGGCGAAAAAUAAAAAAAGACAAAAUAUAUCUUUAUUACUCCCAUCUAGAAAAUCAUUUUGUAGCCUAAGUAUUCCUUGCCUGAAUCCCUUCGAGGCGGGAAGGUGUAGUGCACGGCACCGCCUAGCUAUCGGCGUAUAUGCGCAGCACCGUCGUGCUCGUGCUUUUGUUAUUAGGAACGCUGGCGCAUCGGCCCACAGGGUGGGGCCUAUGGAGGUGCUGCUGCUCCACCUGCUCGCACCGUGAAAGCGCGCCCGCGCGCAAUUUCUCGGCGACAAUGGACAGCCGGCUCUCUUUUUUGUUUUCAUGUUUUUGAUUUUGGGGCUUCUGUUUUCGCUGUUCGAAUGCUCGUCAUCUGUGAACACAGAUGACCAAAAAAAUGCCCGCAAAUGCCAAACGCCAUGGCACCCAAAACCGAAAAACCUAGAGUUUUUGAAUUCGUUUUGAAUCAGUUUUCAAGCGGUUGUCACGUCGUGCGCUUCUGAGUUAAGCGAAAAAUAAAAAAAGACAAAAUAUAUCUUUAUUACUCCCAUCGAGAAAAUCAUUUUGUAGCCUCGGGGUCCCUAGCGCCGAGGCCACUACUAAAAUGUCUUUUUCCCUCUUCGUCAUACGGCCCAGGGAAGCCAAAAAGAUGGGCGUCGCCUUCUUCGGUUGAAGGUUCUGCGACUUCAAGUACCGCCCGAUUGCCCGCUGCAGACCAAGAAGCUGCCGGUAGAAUAGAACGUUUUUAAUUCUUCCCGCCUCCCCUUCUAGCGUCACUGCUGAGGACAGGUAACCCGCCGCAGAGGUAAACCCCUGGGCCAAAAGAAAGGCGACAAACUGCCGAAACUCCGCAAUUCCGACUUCCCGGGCCUGCUCCAAACUCCGCAAUUCCAACUCCGCAAAGGAACGGGUCGAACUAUCCGCCCUCAAAAGCACUGCAGCAGCCUGGUAGUAGGAGAGAGAGAUAGGAUAGAAAGGCUGACUUAGCGCGGAGCCUCAAGACCGGCCUAGCUACGCGAGCCCUACACUUAACAUUUCGCACACUGUCGGAUCCCAUUUCCGAUCUAACCGGAGCCACCACGUGGCCGGGCACUAUGAGCGCGUAUUCUUUGUUUUUGAAGACCUUCCUUCAUUUAAGCUAAAGUAGACAGAGCCUCAAGCCAAUAAAAACAAAUACUCGACUGCCGCGCAGUUGGAGCAUGAGGAGAACCUUCUUCCAGAGACUUCCCUGUCUCUACGGAGACAUGGAUCGAAGCACCUAAAAGAGUAAAUCGUAGCAACCUAUUGUGGCCUCGCUGGCCCUAAAUCACAAUGGCUCUCGCGCCCACGCUAAACUGCCCCCGCUGGGGCCACCCUCUAUGGUGAGAAAAAACGUAAAACUCCCCCCGCUGGGGGAUUUACCAAGAUCAACGCCCCGGAAGAACGACAGAGAGAGCCGAAUGGCGGGGGGCAGGCAGCUCAACGAGCUAGAGGGAUCGAUGACGAGAAGUGCGUGGCGAGAACUCUGAGAGGUAGGAAAGGAGUAGAGAGAAGAGAGGAGAAGAGAAGAGUAGCAGAGAAGUACUAGGGAGUAGUAGUAGAGAUUAGUAGAUACAAGUAGUUUGUCUUUUCAAUAGUUGAUGCUAUUUUUCUAAACGUUGAGCUUUUUUUGAAUAGUUGAGAUUUCACCUUGUCAACCAAAUAUAUUUUUACUCCCAUCUUCGAGAAAAUCAUUUUGUAGCCUCUGCACGCAAGCGCUUUGCCUUUU